AUGGAUUUCGCGAGAAUGAUGAGUGCGGCGAGUAAAAACGCGAAAAAAGCCGAUCGUGAAGUGGAUCGGAUACAAGAAGAGGUAGGCGAUUAUCGAUUUACUCAGAACAAGCGAGAAAUGACGCAUUUUGCAGGUGAACAAUGAGAAAAACGACGCGAAAAGACAGUUGGAAGCGGAAAAACGGGCCAGACAAGAAAUGCAGCGGAGAAAAGCGGAAAAGGAGCGGGAAAUGGCACGGAAACGCGAGGAACGGCAGGAGGAAGAGCGUCGCAGGGUAAUUAUCAAUAUCGGCUAGGUUUUGGACGGCUGAAAAGGCGUGAAAGUUGAGAAAGGAAUAGCUUGUUUGCAAUUUCUCCUUUUUUCAAACCGUUUCAACUAAAUAUUUGCAGAAUUUCACAAUUCCGAAGCGCGGCGACGGCGCCUCCUCGUCCACGUCAUCUGGAGUGAAUACGGCGGCGGUUCGUGCAGUUUUGGAGCGUCAAAAAGCGGAAAAAGAGGAGAAGGACAAGAAAAUGGACGCGGAAAAGCAGAGACUGAUGAUGCUGAGAAUGCAGGCGAACGGCGGGAAGGCGACGAAAAAGAUGGGAAAACAGUUCGGAAUGGACGUCAUGUCACUUCAAACACGCUUCGGAGGCAACAAUGAGCAUUUGGAGGUGCUCCAGAAACGGAAAUGGAAAGAAGAGGUGAGUGGGGACUUUUCUGAAGCAAUUUUCAACAAAAAUGUUUUGUAGGAAGAAGCCGAUAUGGAAGCGGACAAGUACCGUUCGGGAGUGUUCAAAGCGAUGGCGGCGAAGCAGAAGAACGAGGGGCAGCUGAGAAACGGAGUGAACGGACCCCAUCGGAUGGCCACCAGCAAGUCGAACAGUCUCGCGGGCCUGUGCUCGAGGCACGAGAGAACGUAAGCGAUUUUUUCCUCGAAUUUUCUAUCGAACCCGACUCACUCUUCAAUUCCUAAUUUUCUCUAGAAGAGACACGUUUUCUCCGCCGAAGGACGGCAAGAAAUCGACGCAGGACCGCCGUGAACCAGUGGUGGAAAAGAAGAAAAUUCAGGCGGCCGCUCCCAUUGAUUUUAAGUGAGUUUUCUGAAAAUUCGGAACAUUUUCUGCUUCAACAGCUUUAUUUUAUCGAAAACUUCGAAAAAAAUGUUCAAUCUGCGAGAUGACUAGGGAAUGAUCAACAGGAAAGUUGGCCUUAUGGGCCGUGACUGACAUAGUUCGAUAGCUUAUACCAAGAGGAUGAAAUGUUCUGUUGAUCGUUUUUGCUGCCGGCACCUGGAUUUCGAGAAAAUGGCGCCGGAAAAUUUCCACUGAAAUCCUGUAUUUUCGGCAAUUUCCCCCCCUCGUAACAGUCGCGUGAACUCCCUUGAUAUCAAAGUAUUCGGAAACAACUGAAAUCGUCGGUUGGAUGGUCAUAGGUGAAUCGCGCACGGUCCAUUAUGGACGCCACGUUGUUUUUUUUAUUUUGUUUUGUUUUUUGAGACUAGUAAAAAAGUAGCUUGUAUGGAUUCCAUUUGAUGGCUGCACCGAUUUUCUUCAGUUGCUCCCGAAGAUUGCAGGCUACUUGGCUGCUUGUGAUCUGGCUGCGCGAAUGGAAAAUGGCGCGUCGUCUGUCUCUGAAAAGAGCAAUAGGAAUAACAGUUUGAACAACGUCGUUGUAAACAAACUCACAUCAGGUUCGAUAUAACCUCGCGACACAUUCGAAUCACUUUCGAUUCCAAUUCUUCCGUUCGAUUUUGCUCGAAACCGUCGAUUAUGAAUUCUGAAACGGUGCAUCUAGAAGGUAUCCCGUACCGAGAACUCACUGGAAACGUUCUCGUAGAAUAUUUUUCCCAGAGGAAUGUACUUUCCGAUCGGUGCGUCUGCGGAGCUGUACGCCACGAAGAAAUCGUCUCUGUCGCCAAUUUUGAUGAAAACUGCGCGAAGUAAGGAUUUCGCAUCUGUGUCAAAGUUCGACGAGCUCCAAUUGCUGCACUGGUACGACGAAAGAGCGUUUCCCAUUUUGAACGAAACUCCGCCGGGGAGCUUGAUCAAUUCUUCUCCGCUCUUCGCCAAGGUCAGGCUGAAUCCUUUUUGAGGAACAAUCGGUUUCUGAAUCAACUAUGGCGUUUGGCGGUUAUACAUCACACAAAUCGGGGCUGAUACUUUUCUCCUUGUUCUUCAAGCGACGAAGCAGUUUGUUAGUCUGGAAAAGCGGACAUGCUUAAAAUGAAUAGAACAACAGUACCCAGUCCGUUUCUUUGGCUUUUCCUACUGCCAUUUCUUCCAAUGCUGGGCUGAAUUCAUGAAAUUCUCUAGCCAGCUCCAGAUAUGGAUAGAAGUCGACUUCUCUGUCGUUGCGAGUGAGUUUGCGAGGAUUUUCCUGAGAAUUUGAAACUAUGCCACAAGACUUCGGAAAGGGACGAUACCUCGCAUAGCUCUCGAGAAAACGGCGUUCCCGUUUCCGCAUCGUACAGAUUGGUCAACCCGAAUGCAAUCGGAUCCCAUCUGCCAUAUUGACUGGCUUCCAAACUUCUUUCACUUGAGGGAGGACCGUCGGCUAUGCUAUUCGAACCGCGCUAUCUUUCAGCGCGAAGUUGUUAGUCGACAUUGGUGAUGAAUUGGUGACGGUCGUCGUGAUUUUCGUCGAUGGAAACGUGUGCAAGCCGAGUCGCAAGUGGAACUGAAGUCAACUGCUGGAAACGAGGAGGUGUCUGCAAUUUGAUCAGUUACAAUUCAUGUGAUUGCGUGACGUCGUUUCUCUUACUUCCACGUGAAUUGGAGUACGCGGAAGUUCUUCGGUGUUGCUCGUCUUCUCUCUCACUUCCUUCUGCAGUUGAAAUGGUUCAGGGUCUUCUUCGUUGUUUUGCACCGCCAGUUUCUUCGGUUGACUCGGAGGCAAGCCUUCUUCUUCAUCUUGAUGAGCGGAUUUCGGAUCUUGACGACGUUUCUUUCUCCCACGCGUGCUCAUCCUCGAACCUCUGAAAAUAAUGUGUGGCAGGAUAAGCUGAUCGAACGCACAUGAAUUUUGUCCGUUCCGUUUCUUCUUUGGCGAACGUCGCAAUAAUUCGAAUGCAAAAUAGUUUCUUCAAUCGCUCGUUGGAAAAGAGUCCGAUCGACUACGAACAUGUCCGAUUUCCCCAGAGAAGUUUGAUCCUUUGGUUGCAGUUCUGCAACGGUACGAUUCAGUGUUGAGCGGAAUUCCGUCUGCCGUCUUCCGUCCUCCGUCUUCCGUGGUUUUUUUUGUUCAGUCUUCCGUCUGCCGUCUUCCAGGAAAAAAGUUUUCUUCCGUCAUCCGGGAAAAAGGUUUUCUUCCGUCUUCCGGGAAACAGGUUUUCUUCCGUCUUCCGUCUGCCGUCUUCGGUAAAAAAAUUUUUCUUCCGUCUGCCGUCUGCCGUCUUCCGGGAUGUUUUCUUCUUACCGUAAAAGAGUAAUAGCUUCUUAAAAGCCAUUUACUAGCCCCGAAGAACGCGAAUUUCCACGGGCACUGACCCAGAUCCAAAAUUUUUGUUGUUUAGUUAUUUUUUCAAAAAAAUAAACCCGGAGAAACAGGUUCUGCAUUGACGAUUUUUUUGUUCCGUCUGCCGUCUGCCGUCUUCCGUGAGAAAAGUUUUCUUGAUAGUGGUAGAGGACGUUUUCCGUGUUCCGUAAAAAAAAUUUUCUUCCGUCUGCCGUCUGCCUCCGUUUCCGGCGUUUCAAUUUCGUCGCGGUGAGAACGGCCUGGAAGCUAGAAAAUUUAUCGGACCGAACAAAUUUACGCUCACCUUCCCUUCGCUUCGAUACAUUUCUGUCAAGUCGUCGUUCCCGGCCGCAAAAGUGCUUAUGAAGAAACAGGGGCAUCAGGAAAUUGCGUUUUUACUGCAAAAAAUACAGGAAGUUUGCUAAAAAAUUCGAAAAGAAUUAGGAAAUUUGAAGAAGAGACCGAGCUGCCGUCUCGGCCACACGGCCUCUUCCCCCCCCCAUAUACGAUCCACGCGCGAUCCAUGCGACUGCGGCGGCGGCGCGCUAUUUCAGUUGUUUCCGAAUACUUUGAUAUCAAGGGAGUUCACGCGACUGUUACGAGGGGGGAAAAUUGCCUAAAAUACAGGAUUUCAGUGGAAAUUUUCCGGCGGCAUUUUCUAGAAAUCCAGGUGCCCGCAGCAAAAACGAUCAACAGAACAUUUCAUCCUCUUGGUAUAAGCUAUCGAACUAUGUCAGUCACGGCUCACAAGGCCAACUUACCUGUUGAUCAUUCCCUAGUGAGGUAAAAUUCACAAUUUUCUUUUAAAAAAAUCAUUUCAGAAGUCUGAUGGCGGCGGCGAGCAGCAUUGCGGAAGGAAAAUCGGUCAAUUUGGAUCAUUUGCAAACGAAACCGGCCAAAUUUCAGAUUUCCCAACAAAAGUAGGCCCAAACCCCCAUUUUCGACCCGCAAUCGUUCAUUCUUGCAGAAAUGCCUCUUCGAACGGCCAAAAACAAGGACUGUCGGCGGUGGAACGCGAGAAAUUGCGAGAAAAGGAGAGAAUUCGCGAGAAACAGGAGAGACAGCGAGAAAUGGAGAAGCAGAGACAGAAGGAGAAGGAGAAAGAGAGGUUAGCUUUUUGUGGAAACGUUUUUAAGCAUUUAUUCAACUUAAAAUGAAAAUAAAGAAACUAGUUGUAUUCGAAUUUCAGAGCCCGUGCCUCGGCAUCAUCGAAAUCGCGUCCUUCGGACUCAAAAACGACGUCAUCAGCGGCCAACGGAAAAUCCAGUGAAGAGAAAAAGGAAAAGUGGGUUGUUUUUCCAAUUUCUGACAUGAAAAUCCAGACGUUUCCCUAAUUUUUGCAAUUUUUCAGGCCACCCGUCCGAAAACCGUUCCAGAAGGGACCGACUCCGCCCCCGGUGAUCCCGGCGGCGGUGCCCGGAAAGAAGUAUCUGCCGGGAGACGUCCGCUACAAACAGGCGAUGGCGAUGGCCAAAAACGGAGGAGGAAGCAGUCAGUCAACCGAUAGGGACCACCGAAACGCUCCCUCGUCGUCUUCGUCUUUGUCUUCUGGAGCAGUUGGUGGAAGAGAAGGAUCUUCGCAGAAUAACAGUGCGUUCUUUCUAUUUCUCUCUUCUCCUAUAAAUCCAUUUUCAAUUACAGAGGACCGUAUCUCGGCAGUGCGUGAAGCGGAGCGUCAACGCGAAAAGGACCGUGAAAAGCAGAAGGCGUUGAAGCGGGCACGUGAGGAGAAAUCGCUGAAAGAUUACGAACGGGAGAAAAGAAUGAGGAAACUGGGACCGUCCUCGUCUUCCGGCGGUCCCUCUUCUUCUUCCACUUCCUCUUCGAAAAAUUCGGCGGAUGCGAAGAGAAACUACGAAAUGAGACGGAUGGCCGAGCUCCGCGAGCAGCAAGUGAGAGAGAAGGAGCGGAAGAAGACGAAGAAAUCGAACGGGGACCGUCGGGCGGACAAUGGAACCUUCUGGAAGGGAGCCGACGAUUUCACCGACGAGGAGAUGGACGAGGACGAGGUAAAAUUCAGAAGAUCGACUCGAAAACUGUGUAGUACUGUAGUUUGUAGCAAAAAUCACUUAACAUGGGAGAUUUUGAGCUUUUUCUCAUCGAAUUCUACUGGAUAAUGGUUUAGGAAGAGGCAUUACUGUAGAAAUUUUGAAUUGAAAUUAUAUUUUUUGGGUUCCAGGAACAUGACUUGAAUUUAUUGACUUUUUCUAAAUCACUUGGUCAAUCCUAUUCUCUGCAAUUUUUCAAUAAAGACAUUUGUUCAGUACGACAACGAAGACUUCGAUGACGACGACGAUAUGGACGAUUUCAUCGAUGACACCGAAGUGGACAUGGACAAUAUGAGCAGAAAGGACUUUGAGGAGACGCUCAGGUAACUUUUUAGAGCAUUCUUUUGAAAAAAUUGUAUUCAACAUAUUUGCAGAAUGGUCAACCGUAAAUACGAUACGGACAAGUGGUCGCGUCGCGAGAAAAUGAUCUCGGAACGGGACAUGAUUUCGGAUUAUCGGCGAGUUCAGGCCGAAGAGAACUACUCGAAACGGGCCGGAUUCAUGGAGGAUCUCAAAGAGGCCACCAAAGGACGAUCCGUCAAAUUAUAGAUUUUUUGUUCGCUCUCAUUUCUAUGUCAUUUUUACUAGAACUGCAAUUUGUUGCCCUUCUUCUCUAGUUUAACACCCCGAUUCUAUGUCAUCAAAAGCUCACUUCUUUCCCCCAAUUGUGAUACGUUUUCUUGUGAUGCCGAACUAUUUCUUUCCAGCUCUCCCCCAAAUGCUUUCCUUCCCUCCCCCCAAAAAAAGUUAUUUUAAUUUAUUUAAAUUCUCCCCACCCACUGUUAGCCUAGACCCCCUUAUUUAAUUAAUAAUCGAUAUCGUGAAAUAAUUCUUAAUUUUAUGGACUUUAUCUCGUGUUUCUGUUCAAAUUGGACAACACUACCCACUGGGUAUAAGGCCCAUGAGUAAAUGUUUUUGUGUGUGCACAAAGAGAAAUUCAGAAAAUGUUUGCAGCAAUUGGCAUGCACAUAUUACGGAUAGGCACCACAUUUUUCAGACAGGUACGAAAGGCAAUUUUGUUUGAAAACACCCAUAAUUUUACCGUUUCGAAACAUUAAUGUAUUGUGGAAUUUCAAUUUAGAAUUGCGCACUUUAUUUCCACCAUCAAACAUGCCGUUUCCCUGUGGCAUUACAGGCUUCUUGUCCACUGCUCGCGGAGCACAAACUACUCGAGAAUGCGGUGGUACAAAGAGCAGGGAGCAGGCAGGAGUCAACCGGUCAGUUGGCGGACGCGAAAGUCUAUUGUUUAGACGGGCGGCGCGAAAUUGAGAAGUAAUCCGAUUCACUUGAAAUGUGUUUAUGAUAUAAAUUACGAAAUCAUUGAGCAAAUGGUCGAAUUCGAGCGUCAGAGGUUGAAGUGCAACGUUUGAAAAUAAAUGUAAUUUUCGCACCGUUUCACUCUGCUCAUAAACUAUUCAAGGAUACUAGUUGGAUUACUAUGCAGAACUGCAGAACAGUCAAUAAUUCGUCAAUAAUUUGUGCGAUAUUUUCAAGCGGAACAAUGAUUUUGUGGAUUGUCCAGAAAGCCAUUUUCCAUAUUUUUCGACGUUGAGAAAAAAUGUUAUAACCUGAAUACCCAUUCAAUUUGACAACUUGUUCUGAAAAUUGAGCUGAAAGGGAAAAAUCCAAGUGGAACAAUGAUUAUGUGGAGCAGUGUAGUUCAACUGAUUCAAGUGACCUUGAUAAACUUUCCGUUUCACUGACCCGCCAUGUGUCUGUAAUUUUGAGAGCCAUUCGAUUCGUCGCUUUCGUUACCCUUACUAUUCGGCUAAAAAUUAGGCUGUAGCUAGUGAAUUCUAAAGUUAUUGUAAAUGUACACGGUCGUGCACUUUUCAAGUACAUUUUCAAAUAGUCAACAUUAGAAACUGUGGAUCGAGGUGUACUUAUUGUUGAUAAAUAUUAAAAGUAGCACUAUUUCAACACAAAACUCUUGCUGUGCACCGAGUGCGCCAUGCACCCAGUACACUCCCUCUUCCCGAGCUUCUCCUUCUUCUUCUUCUUUUUCUUCUUCCCUUCCGUCUCUGACCGUCUCCGUCUCUCUCUCUCUCUCUUUUUGUGUUGUGUCAGUGGAGUGUGUCUGGCCGGCUGGCCCCGCGGCUAUCCGAGAGAGAGACGCACACAUGCUUUUCACAUUUUUGCGUUCUUUUGCCAACCAACACUUGUACCCAAAAGACCCCGUUGAAUGGGUACUUUGCACUCGGAUUCGGGACAUUUUUCGGUUUCUUUAAAGUUUUUUAGGAGUCUUUAGUAAAGUUUAGAGUAGUCGUAUGAGUAUAUCGCAGACUUUGAAGUGAAAAAAGAGCCCCUAAAUACCGGUGCAUCACAAUACCGUUCAUUCAAAGCAAUGUAUCUCAGCUGCCGGUAGAGAUGUCAAAAAGUUGCCAACUGAUAAAGUGUUCAUUAAGAAAUUUUGUACAUUUUGUCAGUUGAAAACUUUUUGAUAUCUCCGCCGGCAGCUGAGAUACAGUGCUAUGAACAACCAGUAUUCUGAUGUCAGCUUUUACGGUUUCAAACCGAACAUUUACUUCAGAAAUAUUGUGUUCCCGGAUUCUAACUUUUUCAAUACCUUCAGAAACCGAUUGCUGUCAGUUCAAAUCGUCAUAAAAACGCACUUUGCCCAUCAAAAAAAUUCCAUUUUUAAGUGCGGAACAGAAAAAAUUUACGAUCCUCUGCUCUUUCCGUAAUCUUUUUCAUGUCGACACGUGAUCGCGAAGACCCCAUAAUCUUCUUAACAACUUUUAGGCUCCGCCCACUUUUCACUGAUAAAAUGGCUCACAAAAAUGGGUACGUAUAGACCGGGAACUCGAAGAUUCCUCUGCCCUUUGCACUUGCUGGUCUUCGUUGAAGUCAGUCAUUUGAAGCGGUUGUGAGAAUAUGCUGAAACUGAAAAAAAAAAGUUUUAUUACAGUUUCAGAACACUUUUUUGUUUCACAUGAUCCCAUGAUGGUUGCUUUAUUAAUUCCUUUAAUGCUUCAAAUUCUGCAAAAAUUCAGAGCUGCCAGUCCGGUAGAGCGCACUUGCAUCACUAAUAAACCUCGACUAUCCUCCAUUUUGGAGCCAAAAACGUGUUGGGGAAAUAUUGUCGGUUCGCAGAAAAGUCGACCAUCAUUUCCCAAAAACGCGUUCGUUCACGUGAACGGAAUGUGUCUUUUCCACGUCAUUUUCGCCAGAAAUCCAGGUGAUUAUCGGUCGUUUUAUGAUGACUUUUCUGAAAAAUGUUAAUUUUUUUUCUCUAUGUCACUCGGCUCUCGCUCUUUUCGCUUCUUCUUCUUCUUCUUCUUCUUUCCGGGCUGAGUAUCAAAUGAACAGGCUCCGCCCACUUUUUGUUCCCUUGCUCAGCCACACACACACACACGCCAGACUAUUGCAUUUUAGAGCUUCUGCUCGCCUUCUCGAGCUCUUUUUCCAAUGAAAUGUUGAGAAGAACGUCUUUAAAAACCGCGCCAAAAAUUAUGUUGAUUUUUUAGGCGGCCCGUCGUCCGGCGGCUGGAGAAUGACGAAGGGACCGGCGGUGUGGUGCGAAGGGAGCCUCCUGCAUGCAGUCCAACUUUCGGGACUCUUCCCCGACUGCAAGACGUUCGUGGACAUGCCGUUGAAGCACAAUGCAGGUGGGAUUUCCACACAUUUCCUUGUCGAAAACAGUCGCGACAAGUUUAGAGUAAAUCGUGUGUGAAACCGAAAUGUACACUUUCAAACGGGGGGUAUUUCAUUUGAUUUGCAAAACUCUUCCAGAACUUGCAGAACUACAAUAUCCACUGACCCCCCCCCCACCCUGAUUCCGUUGUUUUCUCUCUUUCCGAAUCCUCCACCGGCUGCCACUAGAACGGCUCUCUCUCUCUGUGAGCCCAGAGCAAUGAACAAUCUCCGAUUCACGUGAAACGCCGGUGAAGAGAGCGGAGAACGGAUGGGAAAAGCGGGAGAAAAGGGGGGCUGACUGCUUGUUUUUCUGGCCAAGCGCAAUAAAAAGUUCCCUGUUGUCGUUUUGCUGCGAAAAGAGGGAUUGGACAAAGAUCAGCGGCGCUUCGACGGGCCAAAAUGAUUUCGGUAGAGCGCAUUUGUGACGCUAUAAAUAGACUAGUCAUCUGUGGUCGAAAUCCUGAUAAGUACGAUGUGUGAAACACGUUUUAGAACUUUCUGCUUCCUAGGGAAUGGCCCGCACUUAUCUUGUGCUUUUAGAAUGGGACCUAUAUGAUUCGAAAGAGAAUUUCACGGAGAAUCCGAAUCUGCUCUCCGUGAAUAACUUUGUAUUUGAUUGUCUAUUUUAAAAAAAAUUAGUUUUCGAGUUAUCGUCGCUUUUUUCUUGUCGCUCUAGGAAAACAGUUCAUAACUCGAAAACUAAUUUUUUUUAAAUAGACGAUCAACUACAAAGUUAUUCACGAGAUAAUUUUCGUUAACUUACUAAUUGACCACUUUUGCAACGGACGCGUGGUUCUUGAGAUACAGGUCGCCGAAGAUGAACUUGCUAGAAAAUGUGGCUGAAACAGGCAGAUUUUCUCGCCAGCCAUUGCUCUUUAGCAAAAAAGUGGAGAGCAGAUUCGGAUUCUCCGUGAAAUUCUCUUUCGAAUCAUAUAUAGGUCCCAUUGCAUAAGCCCCGAAGGAAAGUGCGGGCCAUUCCCUAGUUAGAAAAAGCUAUACGCUUUGCAUUUUCAUUUCGAAAACGAUCAAAAAGAUGUACAGUUUCUACAAUAUCCCUUUAGAUAAUUGUACUUUUUGAAAUAGUUAUAUCGGCCUAUGCCAUUCAGAGCUUCAAAUGAACUAUUCUGGUGCCUUUAGAAACGACCCUGGCCAAAUGGAACGCCCUCGUCGCCCUGACUCCCAUCACAAACGACGUGCUCGCGCUUUUCCUCCGCGAGAACUUUGACGAGCCGGAAGGCGAACUCGAAGAAUGCGCCCCCGACGACUGGCUUCCAUUGGUACAUCAGUUUUGAGCCCACGACCCAUCAUCCAGUCCCGCUUUUUUUUAAGACUGGACGAUUCGGCGACAUCAUAGACGAAGAUUAUCGCAAAUUCGCGGCCGCUCUACACGCAAAAUGGCCGACGCUUUAUAGAAAAGUGAGUGAAACUGGCGAAAAAGUGAAAAAGGAAGCAGCAGACAAUGGAUUUAGAUUUCACAAAAAGUGCGUGUCAACCCGGAAAAGUACUCGAUCAUCGCGGUCCCGCAUCCGUUCGUGGUCCCCGGUGGAAGGUUGGCGCGCUUCUGACCAAGUGUUGAAGCGCAAAAAAAAACGUUGCAGAUUCCGUGAAAUGUACUACUGGGACUCGUUCUUCACAAUCAAAGGCCUUCUCGCGUCGGGAAUGCUCACCACCGUCAAGGGAAUGAUCGACAAUAUGGUGUUUUUGGUCGAGACGUACGUUUUUAUCAGACUCCAUCAGAUUCUGGAACAAGAAACAUGUCUCAGGUACGGAUUCAUCCCGAACGGCACCCGCAUCUACUACCUCAACCGCUCGCAACCGCCCCUUCUCACCUGGUGCGUCAAGGCCUACUACGAGGCCACGAAGGACAAGGAAUUCCUGCGAACAACGCUUCCCACACUCAGAAAAGAGGUUUUUCUUAAAACUGUUACUCAAAUGAUGAAAUGCGCUCAAUUUCCUCAUGAACAUUUUGUCAGUUGACAACUUUUUGCUUGUACACCUCGCUCCAGCAAUAAAUUCUCCACAUUUCCAGCUGUCCUUCUUCCAAAAGCACAAAUCGGUGCGAGUGCCCGAAUGGAACUCGCCGCUCUUCCGAUUCGUCGUCGAAACCGACCGUCCGCGUCCCGAAUCCUACCGCGAAGAUCUUGAAAGUGCGGAACAUUUGGACACUUUCGAGAAGAAGUGCGUGCUUUGGGGCGAUCUGGCUGCUGCAGCGGAAAGGUGAGCGCUCGUAAAUUGACAAUAACCAUUGAAAAACGCGCGGAGCGUUUUCAGCGGCCGCGACUUCUCCUCGCGCUUCUUCGCCGUCCACGGACCGUACGCGGGCAAACUCGAAGGCACGCGCACCUCGCAACUGGUGCCCGUCGAUCUGAACUCGAUCAUUUGCGGAAAUCUCAAAACGCUCAGCAGAAUGUACGCGGAACUCGGCGACGUGGACAGUGCGGGCGUCUACGAGCAGCAGCAUCAAGUGCUCAAAGAGACCAUCAAACAGGUGCUGUGGAGCGAGGAGCACGGCUGUUGGUUCGACUACGAUCUCGAGGAGGGAAAGCAUGCGAUCAGCUUCCACGACACCAACUUUUUCCCAAUGUACACUGGCAGUUUUCAUGAGGAUUUGGACUCGAAAAGGGUAAGUUAUAAAGUGUGCGUCUCCAACUGACGCCGUUUCAGGUCGUCGACUACAUCACGUCAACCGGAGCCGCCGGAUUCUCGGGCGGCAUCCCCGUCUCCCUCUCGAACACCGGCGAACAAUGGGACUUCCCCAACUGCUGGCCACCAACCACCUAUGUCCUUUUGGAAGGAUUACGGUACUUGGAAGCGUAGGCUUUCAUGAAACAAUCGGCCGAAUUUCUAGAAAAGUCGGACAAGAGGAGUUGGCGCUGAAUCUCGUGGAAAAGUGGGUGCAGAAGAACUACAACAUGUGGCGGAACAGUGGAGGACGCAUGUUUGAGAAGGUAACGGGUGUAUCUCUGCCGUCUUUAGAGAUAUCAAAAACUUGUCAACUGAGAAAAUGUACAGAAUUUAAUAAUGAACAUUUUGUUAGUUGACAACUUCUUCAUAUCUCAACAAACAACAAAGAUACACGGCUUUUUUCAGUACAACGCAGUGUCGCCGUGCUACAAAGUGAAAGGCGGCGGCGAGUACGUGAUGCAAGAGGGCUUCGGCUGGACGAACGGAGUCAUCCUCGAAUUCCUACGCAAAUACGGCUCUCAAAUCCGCUGGCGAGCCGCCGAAUCGUGCGAGUGUUGCGACGUGAACGUCUCACGAAGCCACGUGGCGAAGAGUGCGUCGCCGGUCCCGUCGUCCAACUCGACCGCCUGUCUUUUCGCCAGCGAUUCGCUCACGCAGACCCCUUCGGUGCUCUCCCUUCAAUCCAUGGCUUCCGAUCUUUCGACCGGCCAGAAUUGA